UUUCUUUUUCUUAUUUAUUUCUUUUUAAAGACUUUGUAAAAAUGACUGCAGAAUUGAAUCAUAUCUUUGAACAAUACAACCACAAAUACAAUUCUUCUCCUGCACCCAAGAUUUCAAACACUAUUUUAGAUAAUAUUGGUCGUACUCCUCUUGUUCGUAUCAAUAAGAUUGCUAAGGAAGAAGGUUUGAAAUGUGAACUUUUGGCUAAAUGUGAAUAUUUUAAUGCUGGUGGUUCAGUAAAGGAUCGUAUUGCUAAUCGUAUGAUCGAAGAAGCUGAAAAGGCUGGUAUUCUUAUCCCUGGAGUCAGUACGAUUAUUGAACCUACCUCUGGUAAUACUGGUAUUGGUUUGGCUCUUGCUGGUGCCGUUAAAGGCUAUCGAGUCAUCAUUACUUUGCCUGAAAAAAUGUCCAAAGAAAAGGUUGAUGUUUUAAAGGGUCUUGGCGCUGAAAUUAUUCGUACUCCUACUGAAGCUGCUUGGGAUGCUCCUGAAUCUCAUAUCGGUGUUGCACGUAAGCUUAGAGAUGAAAUUCCCAACGCUGUUAUCUUGGAUCAAUACUGUAAUCCCUACAACCCUGUUGCUCACUAUGAUACUACAGCUGAAGAAAUUUUAGAACAAUGUGAUGGUAAGAUUGAUAUGCUUGUUGCUGGUGCAGGUACCGGUGGUACUAUUACCGGUAUUGCUCAAAAACUUAAGGAAAAGUGCCCUAAUAUUAAGAUUGUUGGUGUUGAUCCUGUUGGUUCUCUCUUGGCCUUGCCUGAAUCCUUAAACGGUGAAGUGGGUUCAUACCAAGUUGAGGGUAUUGGUUAUGACUUUAUUCCUGAUGUAUUGAAGCGUAAUUUGAUUGAUGUUUGGAUCAAGUCUGAAGAUAAACCUUCCUUCUUGAUGGCACGUCGUUUAAUUCGUGAAGAAGGUCUUCUCUGUGGUGGUUCCUCUGGUACUGCUAUGUAUGCUGCCGUUCAAGCUGCUAAGGAACUUAAAGAAGGUCAACGUUGUGUUGUCAUCUUGCCAGAUUCUAUUCGUAACUAUAUGACCAAGUUUUUGAGUGACGAUUGGAUGAGAGAACGUGGAUUCCUUGAUGAAGAACCUAAGAAGACCACUGCAUAAAAAAAAAAAAGAAUACCUUUUCUUCUAUAUUGUUCGAAAGCUCAUUUUUCUCGUAUCCAAUUCAUAAGCUUAUUUCAUAUAUUAGAAUGAUAUUAUGCAUUUUUUUUCCUAUUAGACAUAAAUGCAUCUAAUUAUAUUCUUAAAUAGAAUAUUUUAUUGUAUUAUUAAAUAAAAGUUAAUAUUAACAUCAUAAAGAUAUUUUUGAAGGCUUUAUUUAAAAAUUUCUAUUACGACUCCAUAUAUAAUAUUUUAUCAAGCGAUUAGAAUCCAAUGUAUACUUUAAAUCUGUUUCGCUCUGUCAGAGCCGUUUUUUUUUUUUCUUUUU